UAUGAUUUUAGAUACGAAUCAAUCCAAUUACAAUUAGGACUUAACAUAUACCUUGUUUGAACACUCGUAAAUGAUUAAAAAUGAUAAACUACACUGUGCUUUGCUGAUAAUAAUUAAAUGCAGACUCAUCAAGUGGAUUUUGUCAUUCUCUGCUUGGGGAGGUAUAGUGAUGUACCAAAUUUUCCAGACUUUCCAGAAAAUAAGGGCCCCGAAGCCUUUUCAGGAAAGGUGAUACAUUCGAUGGACUAUUCUAACAUGGACCAAGCAACUGCCCAAAAAUUUAUCCAAGGAAAGCAAGUUACCGUUGUUGGAUUCCAGAAAUCUGGAAUGGACAUUUCAAUGGAAGUCUCAACAGCCAAUGGCAUCGAACACCCAUGUACUCUUUUAUACAGGACUGAGCACUGGAAUCUACCUGAUUACGUCCCGUGGGGAGUUCCUAUUGGCUUUCUAUAUCUGAAUCGGUUCGCAGAGCUCUUGAUUCAUAAGCCUGAUGAAGGGCUUCUUUUAAGCCUCCUGGCAACAAUUCUCUCGCCUUUGAGAUGGGGAAUUUCGAAAUUUGUUGAAAGUCACAUAAAAAGAAAGCUAAGGCUGGUAAGGCAUGGUAUGGUGCCAAAACACAAUUUUUUGAAAGAACUAAAUUCUUGUUCAAUUGCGACCGUGCCAGAGGGCUUCGUUGACAGGGUUGAGGAAGGAAGCAUCAAACUUAAGAAAGCGCAAAAUUUCACCUUUUGCAGUGAAGGAAUUUUGGUCAAUGGUGAGGCCGAACCUUUCAAGACUGAUCUGGUGAUACUUGCUACGGGGUUUAGGGGUGUCGACAAGCUCAAAAACGCAUUAGCAUCCCCAACUUUUCAGGAUUGCGUAACUGGGGAAACUAGACUUCCACUAUACAGGGAAUGUAUUCAUCCUCGGAUUCCACAAUUGGCAUUAAUUGGUUUCUCUGUAAGUAUUGUAGACCUGUUCACCUCGGAGAUGAGGUGUCGAUGGUUAGCUGAGCUUCUUUCUGGGACAUUCAAGCUACCAAGCAUAAAGGAAAUGGAGAGAAAUGUAUCCCAAUGGAAUGACAGCAUGAAGCAAUCCUUGGGUGAAUACUACGAGAGAUCAUGCAUAGGUGCAUUGCUAUUAUGGUAUAUUGAUCAAUUGUGCAAGGAUAUGGGAUGGAAUCCGAAACGGAAAAAGGGUCUCCUUCGAGAGUGGUUCGAGCCAUAUGGACCAUUGGACUAUGUUUAAUUUCAAACGUGAUUAUGUCACAUUAACACGCACUCCAUAUCUGUAACGGCACUUCUAAUAAUACUGGGGAAAGUACAAACUAGGAGCCUUAUCAUAGAUCUAUUUCUGUUCAGCCAAUCUUUGCUGUGAAGUUCAAAG